AGUUGACAAAAAAAAAAACACUGGUCCAAAAGAUUACUUGUGUGCAGCUCUUUGGACUGUAUUGUAAAUAUGCUAAUAACAAUAAUAUAAUCCAUUUUGAGCAAACCUCCUCUGCUUCUAAAGUCUCAGGCUUUCUAGGGUUUUAGCCUAACGAGUGAGGAGGAGAGGAGACGAAGAAUCGAUUCUCUCAAUCUUCAAUUCGCAUCACAUGACCCAAUAGUCUCCAUCUCUACAUCUUCUCCGAUGCUCCGUCUAAGAACCGCGAAAUCAAUCCCCAGAAAUGUCAUCUCCACGCUUAAUCGAAGCACCACCAUCUCCGCCGAGACUCCAUUGCUUUCUCCAUCUCCACUAAACCUUAGCUUAGCCGCCAAUCUUCACUCCCCCAGCAUCCGAUUACUGCGUAGCUUCACGGUUUGUUCCGUAUCGAGAAACACUGUAGCUAAUCAAAGUCCGAGUCUUUAUAGGAGUCUCUGUAGCAGCGAGUCUAGUUCCUGGACCGAGGAGGUAGAGUAUUUAGACGAGUCUGGUAGUGUGAUACACAGCGGUAAGGGGAUAAGAUCCGUUGAGCCAGGGGUUGACGAUCAUGUCAUGGUCGGUGGGUUGAAGAAGCCUCUGAUGAACGCUUCCGCUGUUGCCAAGAUCGUUGAGGUUGUGCAGAGGUGGAAAUGGGGGCCUGAGCUUGAGACCCAUUUAGACAAGCUCCAGUUUUUACCUAGCAUGGUUCACGUUAAGCAGUCGUUGAAGAUCGUUGAGGAUGUUGACGCGGGGUUGAGUUUGUUCAGGUGGGUUAAGAAGCAGCCUUGGUAUGUUCCUUGUGAUGAGUGUUACGUGGUUUUGUUUGAUGGGUUGAACAAGGGGAAGGAUUUCGAAGGGAUUCAGAAGCUCUUUGAGGAGAUGGUUCAAGACUCCGGGAGGAGGAGUGAUCAUCAUCACUCGCUUGGUGCUUAUAACCAGGUGAUUCAGUAUUUGGCUAAAGCUGAGAAGCUGGAGGUUGCUUUCUGUUGUUUCAAGAAGGCUCAGGAUUGUGGGUGCAAGAUUGAUACGCAGACGUAUAAUAAUCUGAUGAUGUUGUUUCUGAACAAGGGCUUGCCGUAUAAGGCGUUUGAGAUUUAUGAGAGUAUGGAGAAGACUGAUUCUUUGUUGGAUGGGUCGACUUAUGAGCUGAUUAUUCCUAGUUUGGCUAAAUCGGGGCGUCUUGAUGCAGCUUUCAAGCUUUUUCAGCAGAUGAAAGAGAGGAAGCUACGACCAAGCUUUAGUGUGUUUGCUUCACUUGUUGAUUCAAUGGGGAAGGCUGGUAGGUUAGACACGUCGAUGAAGGUUUACAUGGAGAUGCAGGGCUUUGGUCAUAGGCCAUCAGCAACUAUGUUCGUUUCCUUGAUUGAUUCAUAUGCUAAAGCCGGGAAGCUUGAUACUGCUCUUAGGCUUUGGGAUGAGAUGAAGAGUUCAGGUUUCAGACCAAACUUUGGAUUGUACACCAUGAUCAUUGAGUCUCAUGCAAAAUCAGGAAAGCUUGAAGUAGCAAUGUCGGUGUUCAAAGACAUGGAGAAAGCUGGGUUUUUACCGACACCGUCCACGUACUCGUGUCUGUUAGAGAUGCACGCUGGUUCUGGGCAAGUAGACUCUGCAAUGAAGAUCUAUAACUCCAUGACUAACGCUGGGUUAAGGCCUGGACUGAGCAGUUACAUCUCUCUCCUUACACUUCUCGCCAACAAAAGACUUGUUGAUGUUGCAGGGAAGAUACUACUCGAGAUGAAAGCAAUGGGGUAUUCUGUAGACGUCUGCGCUAGCGAUGUUCUGAUGAUAUACAUCAAAGAUGCUUCUGUUGAUCUCGCUUUGAAGUGGCUGAGGUUCAUGGGCUCUUCAGGGAUCAAAACAAACAAUUUCAUCAUCAGGCAGUUGUUCGAAUCAUGCAUGAAGAAUGGCUUAUACGAUUCAGCAAGGCCUUUGUUGGAGACGCUAGUGCAUUCUUCUGGAAAAGUUGACUUGGUGCUUUACACUUCGAUUCUCGCUCAUCUCGUCCGUUGCCAAGACGAAGAUAAAGAGAGACAGUUAAUGUCGAUCCUCAGCACUACUAAACACAAAGCUCACGCCUUUAUGUGCGGUCUCUUCACAGGUCCAGAACAGAGGAAACAACCGGUUCUAACGUUUGUGAGAGAGUUUUACCAAGGGAUUGAUUACGAGCUCGAAGAAGGAGCUGCUAGGUACUUUGUCAACGUCCUUCUCAACUACCUUGUCCUAAUGGGUCAGAUAAACCGAGCUAGAUGUGUCUGGAAAGUAGCUUACGAGAACAAACUCUUCCCAAAAGCCAUCGUCUUUGACCAACACAUCGCUUGGUCUCUCGACGUGAGAAACUUGUCCGUUGGAGCAGCGCUCAUAGCCGUGGUUCACACUCUCCACAGGUUCAGAAAACGAAUGCUUUACUACGGUGUGGUCCCGAGGCGUAUUAAGCUAGUCACAGGACCGACGUUGAAGAUUGUAAUUGCUCAGAUGCUGAGCUCGGUUGAGUCGCCUUUUGAAGUCAGCAAAGUGGUGUUGAGGGCACCAGGAGAUUCGGUGAUGGAAUGGUUCAAGAAACCGAUCGUGCAACAGUUUCUUCUGAACGAGAUACCGUCACGGGCUGAUAUAUUGAUGCAUAAGCUGAAUGUGAUGUUCCCAAGCUCUGCUCCUGAGCUUAGAUCUAUGUUUCCUCCCAAACCAAUCAUGUCUUCAAAGUCAUUUUAAAAACAACAAAAGUCAUGAGUUUGUUAAUGUCGCUCGUUUUCUAGCUGUGCCUGCCCAUGCUUCGUACCUGUCAUAGUUAAUACUUGUCUGAAAAUGUAAUGGAAAUUAUAUUUUACGCCUUAAAAUUAUAUUUAAUCAGUGCAAUUUAUUUUAA